GCCUAAUAAUUUCUACAACCCCAGAUAUUCGGGGUUGGUUGGUGCAGUUGUGUGUAAAUUUACUCGAUAGUGAUAAUUUUUAACGGUAGUAGUGGCUGAUAGAUAGUUUUUUUAACAAUUUAAAUAAUUUAUAUUUGAAUGCUCGAAAAUAUGAAUGCUUUACGUUCAUGUAUCAAGACUAUCGUUCUAAGUAAAGGAACGCGAUCUAUAAAUUACGAAGGACAGAGAUAUAUCAAAAGAUGGGUUCGUCCUACAUUAAUAGAAAUAACCAACCGCAAAAAGAGGUUGGGUCCACAACCGGAACAAAAACGCAACACCUUUCUGGAAUGGAAUAGAUCUGCAGAAAUUUUUGCAUUCAACAAAAGACUGUCUGAGAAAUUUGACGAUGAAAAGUUAGAGCAAGCGUUUACACACAGAUCCUACAUUUUUCAAGAAGAAAAAAAGCAAAAAGAUAUGGGAAUAGAAAAUCCUCAGCUUGAGAUGCAAGAUAAUAUGGAUCUUAUUCUGAAGGGAGAAAAACUCACAUCGGAAAUUGUUUCUAGUUAUUUAACUCAAGUUUUACCAGAUACACCUGAAGAUAUUAUAAUUACAUUGCAUGAUUAUCUUGUGUCUGAAGAAAUUCUGGCUCAAGCAGCCAUUCAUAUUGGAAGCAAAGAUAUAAUUUUAAGUGAAGAAUAUCCUCCUUCACAAAGGACUUUAGCUGAUACCUUUUUGGCGCUUGUCGCAGCACUUGCUGAAAGUGUAGACGCGAAUCAUGCAGCUAUUUUUGUUAGAGACUUUUUAAUCGUAAUAUUGGGCGAGAAGGAUCUAAUGGAAAUAUGGAGUCCAGCUCAGCCUGUUAAAUAUUUAAAUGCAGUCUUACAUAAACAAAACAGGUCGUCAGUCGAACCAAGACUCAUAGGACAAACAGGACCGACUACGCUUUUAUCUGCUUAUCACAUUGGAUUAUAUUCUGACAAACAAUAUCUAGGUUCAGGAUUUGGUCAGACAAUCCAGGAAGCCAAGGAUAUAGCUGCCUUAAGUGUUUUAAGCGAAAUGUUUGGUUUAUCAGAUUCUAGUAAUCCGAUCAAAUUUAACAAAAUAGUGAAUGUAUCUUCCUAAAGGACAAGUUAAAAUUUACAAGUAUUUAGCAAUAAUAUUAAGAAUACAUAAUUUCUUGUACAUA